UCUGUUUCUAUAUAAACCCCUCUCUCACCAUCGCUUCGAUUUUUUGUUCUCUUUUCUCGCUGCUCUGAGUGGCGAUUAAGAGAGAGAGAGAGACCGAGAGGAGAGAGAAACUAGGGUUAGGGUUUCUUGGUUAUGGGAGUGUAGCGAUGGCGGAAUCAGCUAAGCCUCCGGUGGAGCUCGUGAAGGGGAUCAACGGCCUCGACAAGAUCGUCCUCAGAGGGACUCGAUCCAGUUCCGUGGAGGUCUAUCUGUAUGGUGGUCAUGUCACGUCUUGGAAAAACGACCAUGGAGAGGAGUUGCUCUUUGUCAGCAAUAAGGCUAUUUUCAAGCCUCCAAAAGCAAUACGUGGUGGCAUCCCAAUAUGCUUUCCUCAAUUUGGGACCCAGGGAUCUCUUGAACAACAUGGUUUUGCAAGGAACCGCUUUUGGAGCAUUGACACAGACCCUCCCCCUUUUCCAGCAAAUAACACCUAUAAAGCUUUUGUCGAUCUUAUUCUCAAGCCAUCUGAUGAAGAUUCCAAGAUUUGGCCUCACAGCUAUGAAUUUCGUUUAAGGAUUUCUCUGACACCAGGAGGAGACCUGAUACUUAUAUCACGCAUUAGAAAUACCAAUGCAGAUGGGAAGCCAUUUUCGUUUACAUUUGCAUAUCACACUUACUUUUAUGUUUCUGAUGUCAGUGAAGUAAGGGUUGAAGGAUUGGAGACAAUGGAUUACCUUGACAACCUGAAGGGAAAUGAACGUUUCACAGAACAAGGAGAUGCUCUUACUUUUGAAUCUGAGAUCUUCUUUUGUGCAGUGGUAUGGAAUCCUUGGGAUAAGAAGGCCAAAGCCAUGGCAGAUUUUGGGGAUGAUGAGUACAAGCACAUGCUAUGCAUAGAGGCUGCUGCUAUCGAGAAGCCUAUCACUCUGAAGCCUGGGGAGGAAUGGAAAGGAAGUCAAGAAUUCUGUGCAGUUCCUUCCAGUUAUUGUAGCGGACAGUUGGAUCCUCAGAAGGUUCUUCAUGGUUAAAAGACAAUCUACCCUCUUGGUGCACAUCCUGUACAGGGCACAUAAUCUAUAGCUGCUGAAUUGGCGUUUGGCAGCGACUACUACUGUUCUUUGUUCUUUUUUCUCAGAAAUUUCUUUUUUUUUUAUCUUUGUUCAUGGAAGAUUAAGAGAAUCCUCUGCUAAAUAAUAGUACCGAAUUUUGAUAUAAUAUAUUGCUCAUGGGGAAAGGAGUCCUGCCCAAAAUCAAGGGGAAGUGAGAACCAGUGGAGGAAUGCGAAAAUUCAUAUCAAGUUAUUCCGUCUUUUUUUCUGUAGGACAUGCCAAUAUUUACUCAAAGGGCACAUCUCCUGUGAAAGAUUGAUGAGCUAUUGUGAAGCUACACGCAUCCUCUGGAUUCAUGAUUGUGUUGAAGAGGGCUGGGUUUGGGUUUGCAAUUCAUUAAAAAAAAUGUUACAGUUGAUUCUCUCUUGCCGCUUAGCAAAUGUUUGAGUCUACUGAAAGAAUUAUCAGAAUUAUCAGCGUCGGUCGGGGUCCUUCUGUUUCUUCAAUUUGUGUUCACAAUUA